CCGCUACACUCUUAUAGCGCAGCUAGAUAAUCCACACCGAACAUUCGGACAUCACUAAGGGGAGCCGUCACCGGGAUAAUAGCGUCGCUUCACGUCUGUCUGCUGAAUUCAACCAUGAAUGGAAUGAUAAUCAAGCUCAGCCGCAACCUGAGCCGGGCCGCACCAGCUCUCAGCCGCAGUGUCCACUCGGGUAGGUGUCUCACCUCUGGAGCUAGCUCCAAACUGAGGACUAAAGGCCCGCUCACCUCAGAGGAAAUCUUCGUUCGUGAGGACAAGUAUGGAGCACACAACUACCAUCCCCUACCUGUGGCCUUAGAGAGUGGCAAGGGCAUCUACGUGUGGGAUGUGGAGGGCAAUCGGUAUUAUGAUUUCCUGAGUGCUUACAGCGCCGUGAACCAAGGACACUGCCACCCAAAGAUCAUAGCUGCACUCACCACCCAGGCCUCCAGACUCACCCUGACCUCCCGAGCAUUCUACAACAACGUGCUCGGAGCCUAUGAGGAGUACAUCACAAGCAUGUUCGGCUACGAUAAAGUUUUACCCAUGAACACGGGUGUUGAAGCUGGCGAGACUGCCUGCAAGCUCGCCCGCAAGUGGGCUUACAAUGUAAAAGGGGUUCCCAAAAACAAGGCCAAAAUCAUUUUUGCAGAUGGAAAUUUCUGGGGGCGCACCAUGGCAGCCAUCUCCAGCUCCACUGAUCCCAGCAGUUAUGAAGGUUUUGGUCCCUACAUGCCAGGAUUUGAGCUUGUCCCAUACAAUGACAUUCCUGCACUGGAGAAAGCCCUUCAAGACCCAAAUGUGGCAGCUUUCAUGGUGGAGCCCAUCCAGGGCGAGGCUGGGGUGGUGGUGCCCGAUCAGGGCUACCUGACCAAAGUCAGAGAACUUUGUACCAAACACAAUGUGUUGUGGAUUGCAGAUGAGGUGCAGACAGGCCUGGCACGCACCGGCCGGCGGCUGGCUGUGGACCACGAGGAAGUCCGUCCUGAUGUGGUACUGCUGGGAAAAGCACUUUCUGGAGGAGUUUACCCUGUAUCGGCUGUGCUGUGUGACGAUGAAAUCAUGCUGACCAUCAAACCCGGGGAGCACGGCUCCACGUAUGGAGGCAACCCUGUGGCCUGUCAGGUUGCUAUUGCAGCACUUGAGGUGAUGGAGGAGGAAAAACUGUCAGAAAACGCUCAAAUAAUGGGAGAGCUGCUACGGACUGAGUUGAGAAAACUCCCAAAAGACAUUGUGACAGUAGUCAGAGGAAAAGGCCUCCUCAAUGCAGUUGUCAUCAAAGAGACCAGAGACUACGACGCAUGGAAGGUGUGCUUACGCCUGCGUGACAGCGGACUGUUGGCCAAGCCCACCCAUGGUGACAUCAUCCGCUUUGCCCCUCCCCUCACCAUCAAGGAGCACGAGCUGCGCGAAUGCAUCGACAUCAUCCAGAGGACCAUCUUGUCUUUCUAAACAACCAUGGGAUUUCAGCUACUCCUUCAUUCACACACAUCCUUCAAACUGAUGAGCGACAUCAGAACCCCUGACUCAUGAAAAGGUCACUCUAAACCAAGUGCUUUGGUUGUUUUUAUUUCUGUGUUUUUGUUGGAGGCUUUUAAAUAGCGUUGUUCCACUUAAGUAGAGACAAAACUGCUGUUAAGAACUAAGUGUCUGCCUGUAAAACAUCUUAUACUCCCAAAAAAAAUUGGAGCUGGUUACUUCAGGCGUUUGCUAGUAAAGAGUGAUGUAAAUAGUUUCAAAAGGUUGCAUUUAUUUUACUUCAACUCUCUCAAAUGAGCCACAAUUAAGUCUCAGCAAUUCAUGUGUAAAGGUAAAAGUACAAGUUAAAAAUAUACAGAAGGAAAUACAACUUGCUCACAUAACUCUCAUCUACAUGACUGUAUCUGCCUCUACACGAGCAGCGGAGAUUUUGCACACAUUCAUCUCAACGAUGUUUUCAUAUUCCACGACUUUUCAGAUUUCAUGAAAAAGAACAAAAAAAACAAAAUGCUAUAAAAGGACGUAUUUUUAAGACAAACACAAACUUUUUAAAGAUUUUAAUUUAAUCUAAGUUAUAACUAUUAUUGUGAACAUAAUGCUGUCUGAGACCCAGAAUCCCUACAGUGGAACCUUUGGUAUGUUAAAUCAAAUUCAUUUUAUAUAAUUUGGUUUCUGCAAUUUCUACAAUGAAUGUAUGAGGACAGAGAGUGUUACGGAGACACAUGCACCAAGCGGAGACUGUGUCAGUUGACUUUUCUUUCCCCCCUCAUUGUAGUAUGUGUACAUUGAGUAAACAUUCUGAUGAGUGAUGCAACUGCUGUUAUUGCAAAUGUCACAUUUGAAUUGUUACAUAACUGGUUGUUUCCUGAUGAAUAAAUAUUUGGUGUACUGUCUUGCA